GUCGUCUCAUCAAUUUAAGGAGGGGUUGUGCAACCCCGCGAUCAGCGUCUCAACCCCCCUAUAAGUUCAGCCCAAUUUCAUUCCCAGCGUUAGCUUUUCAACGGAGAGCAUUUUCGAAUUCAAGGUGCUUUCAAAAUCGAUCGGAAGCGACCCAAGCGAAUGAGACGAUUCCUCUUGGAUUAUUUCUAUGGAAGAGAAUACAGCAACUAGGAGUUGGAACCGUGAUGGGACUGCCUGGAGAUACAAAUUUGGAGUUGCUGCAUUAUAUUGGGAGCACUGAUAUGCAUUGGGUGGGAAAUUCAAACGAGCUUAACGCUGCUUAUGCUGCCGAUGGAUAUUCGAGGAUCAAAGGGUGUCCUGGCGUCAUUUUGACGACCAUGGGAGUCGGGGAACUGAGUGCUAUCAACGGCAUUGCAGGGUCCUUCGCAGAGAAUGUGAAGAUUAUCCAUGUCGUCACUGCGACUGGAAGAGCCGCUCAGGAGAAGAGAGUUAUGAUUCAUCAUACUCUAGGAGAUUCCCCUGACCAUAGGAUAUACGCCAAGAUAUCGUCACCUGUGAGAGUAGCCCACUGCUACCUCGACGAUGAGAAUACAGCUGUUGCUGGGAUUGAUAGAGUGAUUCGGGAGUGCUACAUUCACUCGCGUCCAGUGUACAUUUAUGUCCCCGUAGACAUGGCACAUAAACCAGUCGCAGCAUCAGCGCUAGACAAACCUCUUCUCCUCACCCGACCGAGUGAAACCACCGCAGAACAAGCAGCUGUGGAUGCCGUUCUCGGUGCCAUCCACUCCUCUAAGAAUCCAGUAGUCCUAGUCGAUUCACUUAUCUUACAACUGGGGCUGAAGCCGCUCGUCCGCUCUUUCCUCAACAACCUUAAAUUCCCCACGUUUUGCCCUUUCAUGGGUAAAUCUGUCAUUGAGGAAAGGAAACCAUACUUCCGUGGGACCUACAACGGUAAAUUCUCGUACCCUGGGGUUCAGAAAGCGGUAGAAGAAGACAGUGAUUUGGUGAUUCACAUAGGGCCACUGCCUACAGAUAUGAAUACAGGCGGCUUCUCGGCGAAGAUUGACCCCAAAAAGUUGAUUUUGCUCCAGGAGACGAAGGUGAUUUUUAAAGGAGAGCUGUUUGUCGGUGUUUAUUUGGAAUCUUUUCUUACUCGCCUCUCUAACUCUCUGGACAUCUCGAGAGUUCCCAAAACGUCAUCUCUCGCACUCCCAGCACUACCACCAUUACCAUCAAAUUCCGAGGCCAAGGAUCCAUUCAUCACACAAUCUCACCUAUGGCCUCGAAUCGGGAAGUUCUUUAGAGCACAUGACAUAAUAUUUUCUGACGGGGGAACAUGCCAUUUUGGACUUCAAGAUGCAGAGUUCCCAGAUAUCACUUACAUAAUGCAGAAUCACUGGGCGAGCAUAGGCUAUGCUCUGCCAGCAACCUUCGGAGGAGCCAUAGCAAAGAGAGAUUUAACCAACAGCAAGGCGGAAGGCUGGAACGGAGUCAAAGGAGGAGGUGACGGGAGAGUAAUCUUCAUUACCGGAGAAGGGGCGAUGCAAUUGACCGUUCAGGAAGUAGGGAGUAUGAUUCGAGAGCAAUUGGAUGUUAUCAUUAUCAUCAUCAAUAAUGGCGGCUAUUCGAUCGAGAGAUGCGUUGUUCACCCUGAUGCAGCCUAUCAUGACAUUGCAACUUGGAACCACAAGCAUAUGCUUGAUUUCUUCGGUGCCGAGGAUGGAGCAGCUCGGACAUAUCAAGUCCGCACGAAAGUGGAGUUGGAGGCCGUUCUCACACGACCAGAACUCGAGGAUCCGCAGGGAGUUCACGUUCUCGAGAUUUUCACGGACAAGAUGGAUUUUCCGUGGCGAUUGAAGGCUUUCGGUGAGGCUUAUCGAGAGAUGAAGGGGACUUAAGGUGGUGUCAAUAUCAGAUGGAGAGUUAUGAGUCGGAAAGAGAUAGGAUGAUUGUACAGAACUCAAGUCAAGUAUUAGGGAGGCGGCAUCAGGGGUUAACUCCUCCUUUUUCGGAAUUUGGCCUUGAUAUUUAUGAAAGCAACACGGCCCUGCAGAAUCGAGCACGACUAGCUAAGUUGAGUACAACUUCGUCUUCAUAGGCUCCUCUCAGGAAGAGACUUUCAAGAAGAAUCCGAUCCUUCACCGUCAGUUUGCUAUGUACCGAGAUGCAAAGCACAGGCACUAAACAUUCUCCACACUUUCAACAUCACCGCUCUCUGCGACCCUGGUCGUUAAUAUUUUCUGGGGUUCCCCCCGAAACCUAGACGGACGAAAG